GGUGGUGGCGAGGGUUUCUCUUCUUCUUCUUCUUCUCCGACCUCGAUCUUCAUUCGCGAGAGGGAGAGAUGAAGACGAUACUCUCUUCGCAGACGAUGGACAUCCCGGAGGGGGUGAAGGUACUGGUGAAGGCCAAGAUGAUAGUUGUUGAAGGCCCCAGAGGCAAGCUGACACGCAAUUUCAAGCACCUCAACCUCGACUUCGAGCUCAUCGAUGGUGGCCGCAAGCUCAAGGUUGAUGCCUGGUUUGGAUCCCGCAAGACCAUGGCCGCCAUCCGCACCGCCCUCAGCCAUGUCCAGAACCUCAUCACUGGCGUUACCAAGGGAUAUCGAUACAAGAUGCGCUUCGUUUAUGCCCACUUUCCCAUUAACUCCAGCAUCACCAACAACAGCUCUUCCAUUGAGAUCCGCAACUUCCUCGGAGAGAAGAGGGUCCGCAAAGUGGAUAUGCUAGAAGGUGUGUCUAUCUCUCGUUCCGAGAAAGUCAAGGAUGAGCUCGUCCUUGACGGAAAUGAUGUGGAGCUUGUCUCACGGUCUGCUGCACUAAUCAAUCAGAAAUGCCAUGUGAAGAACAAGGAUAUCCGGAAGUUUUUGGAUGGUAUUUAUGUCAGUGAGAAGGGUACAAUUGCUGAGGAACAGUAAACUAUGUGUGCCCUCUUCCAUUAGCAUGCUGCUAGAGAUUAGUAGUAGGUGUUUGGUUGAGAUUUUCUUUUCAGAUAUGCAACUGUCUUCAGUUGUAUCUUUUAGUUUUUGUUAAUUGAACUCCCUUUAAUGUUCAAGAUAAGUUGCUGUGGAGAUGUUGCCUUUUACAUUAUAUAGUUGAUGCAUGUUUUGUUGAA